UAUAAAGAGGCGAAGCUCCGCAUGGAGACGCGGCGCGGAGAGAGCGGCUGAAAGCAGAUAACAACGCUAAUCUGCAGCCAUUGAUAAAAUGAUAAGAAAGUGGACGAAACGCGGCGACUCUGGGAUAUAGUUCAAACCGCUGCUGGAAAGAAGCAGCAGCAGGAGCCGAAGCUGAAGGGACAGCAGGGUGUCGGCGCUGGUGUGGACUGUGCUUAACCGGGACAGCUUGCAGUCCGGUCUGCAUUACUGCAGCAGCGCUUUUAACAAGGGCUUUUGUAAAUAGCACUUUAAAUAUCCGCCUCGGCUGGGGUUCGUUUGUUUUCGUUUGUUAAUUUUAUCCGGAUUGUUUUUUCCACCCCCCCCCCUUUCAUUAAUUUCAUUAUAAUGCGAUUUUCUGGAGGCGGCGGUUGUGGCUCUUUCAGUUGCAGAUCCUGUGAAGGAUGAGUGGAAGAAGAUAAAAAAAAAAAAAAAAUACAUUGACAGUGAUCAUUUCCUGACAGUAACACGGCUGCUUCUGCAGUGAGUCAACAACAUGGAGACAGGCAGUGGGGCUGCAGCGGCAGCACUGGGAUCGUUGGGAGCUACUGGGAGCCACGACAAUCGUGACAGAGGGCUGAGGGCUUGCUCCCAUCCAGAAGAAGAUGACAUCGUUCCAGAGCUGGUGAGAAGCAUCCACCCCCGAGAGAGGCCAGACUGGGAAGAGACUCUCAGUGCAAUGGCGAGGGGUGCUGAGAUCCGAGAACUCCUCGGGGACCCCCCACUGCGAUCCUGUGGCAGCACAGCCAGCAUGAAGGUGAAGAACAUCAAAAAGCUAACCUUUACCAAGGGACACUUCCCCAAGCUGGCAGAGUGUGCUCAUUUCCACUAUGAAAACGUUGACUUGGGAACUAUCCAGUUGACUCUGGCGGAUGAACAGAGUGAAGUAACAUGGAAUGGCUGUGACUCUCGAGAGCUGGUCUACCUGGUGCAGAUCUCUUGCCAGGGCCGGAGCUGGAUUGUGAAGCGCAGUUAUGAAGAUUUCCGAGUCCUCGACAAACACCUCCACCUGUGUAUCUACGACCGGCGCUUCUCUCAGCUCCCUGAGCUGCCUCGAUUCGACUGCCUGAGGGACCGAGCGGAGGCAGUGUCCCAAAUGCUGAAGGCUUACCUCUCCCGCCUGUCAGUGAUAGCUGACAACAAGAUUAACUGCGGCCCAGCGCUCACAUGGAUGGAGAUUGACAACAAGGGGAAUCACCUGCUGGUCCACGAGGAGUCCUGCAUCAACGUCCCCGCCAUCGCCGCUGCUCACGUCAUCAAGCGAUACAGCGCCCAGGCCGCGGACGAGCUCUCCUUUGAGGUGGGGGAUAUCGUAUCGGUUAUCGACAUGCCUCCCAAAGAGGACACCACGUGGUGGAGAGGGAAACACGGGUUCCAGGUGGGCUUCUUUCCCAGUGAGUGCGUGGAGCUGAUUAAUGACAAGGUUCCCCAGUCAGUCACCAGCUCCGUGCCCAAACCAGCCUCUCCCAGCUCUGGUUUGCGGCCAGCGUCGUGGAGCUUCUUCCCACCUUAUUUGGAGAUGGAGAGUGUAAAGCCAGGUAUUGCAUGGGCGCCCGACCCCCUAAACCACUACACACUGAGCUCAGUGUCGAAGAAGCACGGGAAGCUCAUCACAUUCCUGCGCACCUUCAUGAAGUCUCGCCCUACCAAGCAGAAGCUGAAGCAGCGCGGGAUUCUAAGGGAGCGGGUGUUCGGCUGUGACCUGGGCGAGCACCUCCUCAACUCUGCACAUGACAUCCCCCAGGUCCUCCACAGCUGCACAGAGUUCAUUGAGAAGCAUGGCGUGGUGGAUGGGAUCUACCGGCUCUCUGGGAUCGCCUCCAACAUCCAGAAACUGCGGCACGAGUUUGAUUCGGAGCAGAUUCCGGACCUGACAAAGGAUUUGUACCUUCAAGAUAUCCACUGUGUGGGCUCCCUGUGCAAGCUGUACUUCAGAGAGCUGCCCAACCCCCUGCUCACCUACCAGCUCUAUGAGAAAUUCUCAGAUGCAGUGUCGGCCGCCACCGAUGAGGAGCGAUUGGUUAAAAUCCAUGAUGUCAUCCAGCAGCUGCCUCCUCCCCAUUACAGGACCUUGGAGUUUCUGAUGAGACACCUGUCGCACCUGGCUGCUUACAGUUACAUCACGAACAUGCACAGCAAGAACCUGGCCAUUGUGUGGGCGCCCAACCUGCUCAGGUCGAAGCAGAUCGAGUCAGCUUGCUUCAGCGGCACAGCAGCCUUCAUGGAGGUGCGGAUCCAGUCCGUGGUGGUGGAGUUCAUUCUCAACCACGUGGACGUGCUCUUCAGCACCAAGCUGAGCUCACUGAUCCGGGAGGGAGCAGGACACUGCACCCUGGCCCGGCCCAAGUCUCUGCUGGUCUCCUCUCCCUCCACCAAGCUGCUGACCCUGGAGGAGGCUCAGGCCCGGACACAAGCCCAGAUCAACUCCCCUGUCACGGCCGACAGCAAGUACAUCGAGGUGGGGGAGGGCCCGUCCGCUCUGCAGGGCAAGUUCCACACCGUCAUCGACUUCCCUACCGAGAGGAAGAAGGUGAAGAAGUCCCCGGUGGGCAACUGGCGCUCCUUCUUCAACCUGGGCAAGUCCUCCUCUUCCUCCGUGGCCAAGCGCAAGCUGCAGCGCAACCGCAGCGAGCCCCACGAGAUGAAGACCCUGGCUCUCACAGGCAGCAGAGCUGAUACAGGCACACUGCGCUCUGCUAAAAGCGAGGAGUCGCUCACCUCUCUGCACAACGUGGAAGGCGAGUCGAAGCUGUACCGGCCCCGCAGGCCGCGCUCCAGCAGUGACGCGCUCUCGGCUUCCUUUAACGGGGACCUGCUGGACAGGCGGAACCACUGCGACUCCUACGACAACGUCCCGCAGGAGGACAGCGAGGGGGACGAGGGCCCCAUCCGGGUGCCUGCGCUCAUCUCCCCCCCACGCUGCGCCGAGGACAUGGACCUGAGCCCGCCGGACAUGGGUGUGGCCUCUCUGGACUUCGACCCCAUGUCCUUCCAGUGCAGCUCCCCCCGGCCCGAACCGGACCCCCCCUCGCCCCGGAUCAGAGACCCCGGCGGGGGUGGCAGUGACUCGGAAACCGCCUCUCCCCCCUGCCCUGACAAAUUCACUAGCCCCUUCCUGUCUCCCGAUUUCAGCCCGGUGCUGGAGGAGAAAGCUGUCGCCAAGCACACGUCUUUCGCAGUGAAGAUGGUUCACGCCUUGUCCCCUAAAAUCAGCCGCAAGUCCACAAAGCCCCCUCCCAUGACCAUCUCUGAACCUGUGGCCAUCUCUCUGCCCAGCCGGGUGUCGGAGAUGAUGAUGGGGGGCACCUCCUCCCCCUCCCCGCCCAGUCAGAGGAAGCCACACUCUAGCGGGGGCAGCCGCUCGCCCCCACCCCCACCCCAGGUGAUCUCCGUGCUGCCUCGGAGCGAGGGCAGCCAGCUGGAGGGCUACUCCGCCACGGAGAGCAGAGGGCAGGGAGCCACGGAGAGGACUGACUCCUUCAGCCAGCCGCAGCAAGGAGCCGUGCCUCUGGACUCCCCGCAGGGCCCGGCAGCCCCUGUCAGUUCAGUGUCCCUCCUCCCCCCCCCUCCCCCUCCAAAGAAUGCGGCCCGCAUGCUAGCCCUGGCCCUGGCUGAGUCCGCCCAGCAGACCUGCAUCCAGUCCCAGAGGAAGCCCCCAGAGCCCCAGGUGCCUGUCUCCUCCCCUCCGAGAGCACGAGAAGCACCUGAAACGCCCCCUGCCAGGCCCCAGCCUCCCCCUGCUGAUUACGGAGACAGAGUGGCACCUGUAACCCCGGUUUCAGCGCCAGCUACAGCGUUUACCAGCGCCAGCGUGACCACUGCUAGGCAGCCCACUUCAGUCAGCUACUGCUUCACCAUGAACAACGCCACAGUGGCUACUGCUGCUUCUACCGUCACCGCCACCACCAGCAGCAGCACCAGCAGCAGUACUGCAGCCAGCCCCAUCACACCAAGUCAGCACACCGCAAUCGCCAGCCCUCCAGCGCACAGGAGCCCGGAGAGGCAGCAGCCCGCCAUGGGCCAGGUUCCAGUUUCCACUGCGCUGAAUGAGACCCCAACAGCCGUGCAGCAGGUGUGGGCCAGUGGAGGAGUGCCUUCACAACGUCCGUUAAAGCCUGCUGAUCAGCCCGCCCCGCUGCCGCACCAGCACGCAAGCAGCUCUGCCCGGUCGUCCUCCGGAAUGGCUGCAGAGAAGCCCAGAGAGACCUCCAAGCCUCCUGCACUCCAACCGCGCGCAGAGUCUGUCCCCCUGUACCACUCCUACGGGCCCCCACCCCCGCCGGUCCGCUCCAUCGAGAGCAAGCUGGCAGCUGCCACCCUCUCGGGCACCGUCGAGGCAGCGAACGCCUCCAACUUCCAUGCCAUCCUGGCUGGAGCCUCGGUGCCAGCCUCAGUGGAGGAAGCUCUGCCUCCACCCCCACCUCCCAAAUCAGCUGCCCUCCAGCAAGCAUACCUGUACCAUUCCAAAUCAGAGAGAGUGCAGGAGCCCAGCGUGGAGACCUAUUACCAUCACAGGGCUGGGUCGCUGGGGCAGCCCUCCGUGCCCUUCCACUACCAACCUGAAAGUGUGCCGCCCCACCUCUCCUACCCUUCCAAACCAGAGCCCCAGCCUGUGUACAGCGCCCGCAGCGACACCCGUUACAGCACUCUCGGACCGAGGGCCAUGCACUCCAAACCCCGGGGGGUGCUCAGGGCUGAGUACUGUCCUGCAGGGCCCACAGUGCUGCGCAGCCAGGGGUGCUCGCCAGUAGACGCGUCGGCGGUGUACCCCACAAUCCGGAGGGUCCGUUCUCUGCACGCGACUCCCACGGUCCGCUCUGUGCCAGUCUCCCGCACCGAGGUCCCUCCAGAUGAUGAGCUGUACUAUUGCCAGCGGCCGGUCUACCAGUACAAGCCCUACCAGCAGCCCUUGCAGUCGGAAUACCACGUCACCCAGCUGCAGCCCUACUUUGAGAACGGCCGUGUUCAGUAUCGCUACAGCCCAUCCUCGGGAGCCAGCCCCCUGGACGCACCCUAUUACGACGUAGACCCUUACGGCACCAUCCGGCUCCGCCACGUCCACUCCUUCACCAGCCGUGACCUGACUCCGCAGCUCAGCAAGGCGACCGGCAAGUCUGGCGGCUACCACUGCCUUUCGAGGGCAUUGGUGCCCCCGGGCAAGGAGCACAGCUUCGUGAGUCGGGACAUGCCCCCUUCGCAGGACGUCAAGGCACUUUACCUGGCCUGGGACCCGGAGGAGACCGACAAGUACCGGAUGCAGUCCAUCCGACGUGAGAGCAGAACCCGGCAGAAGAACAAAGCCCCUGUGAUGUCGCAGUAUGACAACGUGGGUCCUCUACUUCCAGGGGAACGUGGCGGGGUGGAGAUCCUGCACCUGCGUAGCAAGUCCGACCCUGGGAAGGCUGUGCUAAUGGCUGCAGAGGGGAAGGACGGACGCUGUGGGGCAGCAGCCCAGCCUCCGAGGCACCUUAUUUCAGAAAGCGACGUCCUCUCCUAUAUGGAGCCCGAUAGGCACUGCCAAGGGAAUGGGCUGAACGACAAACCAGCUUUGCCUCAGAAGCAAGUUGGAUCCAGGAACCCCCAGCCAAUGCAGCCCCAUAAUCAACCACAACCUCGAGCUGUCCCUCCGCAGCAACAGGAAUCGAGCCAGGAUCACAGAAAUGAGCCUGGAGAAUAUGAGCACAGCAGCAGGCACUGGCUGGAACACCAGUCCAGCUACGAGAGGCAAGACCCAGAGAGGCUUAGCAUCCGGAUCAGAACCACUAGCAGCUACCCUGAAGAGGAUCCACAGCUGGUCUCUGGAAAAUCCAGCGCCCCACCCAAACCAGAACGAUCCCACAGCAUCCGGGGAACCCUUCCACACUACCAGCACCACCCCACUAAUCCCCCUCGGCACCCCCAGGAGAACCUGGAGAGGGACUACACCCUUCCACACUACCAGCACCACCCCGAUAAUCCCGCUCCGCACCCCCAGGAGAACCUGGAGAGGGACUACACUCUCCCAUACUACCAGCACCACCCCGCUAAUCCCGCUUUGCACCCCCAGGAGAACCUGGAGAGGGACUACACCCUCCCACACUACCAGCACCACCCCGCUAAUCCCGCUCCGCACCCCCAGGAGAACCUGGAGAGGGACUACACCACCCCACACUACCAGCACCACCCCACUAAUCCCGCUCCGCACCCCCAGGAGAACCUGGAAAGGGCCCAUAGCUCUCAGUACUCUUACCAGCCCCAUGGCACAAGACACAGUGCCAUGACUGUCCUGUCGCAGUAUGAUAACUUGGAUGACUACCACCCUAUACCUCAGCCUCAAACUCAGCCCCAGGCUUCCCAGCCCAGCAGGGGGGGCGUUGGCACCCUUACAAGGGGUGGUAUCAGUGGGGGUGGCUCUUUCAUAGCUCCAGGCUUCCCCCAUGCCCUCAACAACAAGGCAUAUUCUACUGCGCUGGGGCAGGGCUCCUUCCUUCAGGCAGAGAUGUCCUUGCAGAGGCCAGAAGCAAAAAUCCAUGCAGAAUGAGAGGCUUUUAGCAGAAGUAAUAAUAAUAAUAAUAAUAAUAAUAAUAAUAAUAAUAAUAAUAGUAGAAAUUGGCAGCCUCUGCAGGACAGUGGACUGUCGUCUCGUGUUUUUUUUUUGUAUUUUUU